GCGCCGUUGUUCCGUGCGCCUCGCUAGAGAAGAAGAGCUUUCGAGUCCAACUGAAUAGAUUCAAAGCACUCUGCAUUUACGUACUUGUACGUGUAUAUGUGCAAGCUGUUCAAACUGUGUGCGCGUGUGUGUGUGUGUGCCAAUGUGUUGGUGUGCUUGGGUGCUCGUGUCUAACGCGUAACGAAAGCGAAAGUUUUGUUUGCGCGCGUGUUGCCAACAGACGCGUCGUUGGCGUCGUCUAUCUCUAAUAACUGCACACACGUCGCAGUCGCAGUCGCAGCCGCAGUGAGCGUCGCGUUUGUCAUUGUUGUUGGCGGUGAGACUACCUAGAAGGGAAUAGAUUAAAAGCGUGUGAAAACAACAAGAAUGCUCAUUAGUUUCAAUGAGCGUGCAAUAAAUUAAAUAAAACGUGUUUAUGUUGCGCGUGUGCAUAUCCGUGAGCUAGUGCGUGCCUGUGCGCGUGUAUUAGUGUGCGGUCGCCAAACAGCUGUUAAGCGAGAACAACGCCAAACGCAUACAUUCCUGCAUCACUUACUGCUUGCUGAACGCUUCUGAAACAAGCCAACGGUUCGAAUGGCGCCUACCGUCUGCUCGGAGAAGAAAGUGCGCUUGGCGGCCAUCAAGGAGGGGCGACGGCGGAACAAUAUGAGCGCGGCGCAGGCGAAUGCUUCCACGUCGGCGGCUGGGACUGGAGCUGAGAUGACAGCGAGCAGAGCUGAGCUAAGCUACGCUGUCAAGAGUUCGACGAACUCAAUAAAUCGUGCACAACGCCGACGUGGGGUCGCAUUGCUGCCAACGGGCGCCAAAAGUGUGGCAUCGUCUUCGAGUGCUGCUGGAAUUGAACUGGAAAGUGAGAGGACAUCAAAGCAGGCCGAGCAUGUGGAGCGCAUGGAGGUGGAUGGGAUUUAUAAUAAGACGAGCACGUAUUCAGCGCACACACAUUCCAGCAGCGCCUACAACAACAAUAUCAAAACAGUAUUACAACCAACAAUGGCCAACAGCAACAGCAACAACAGCAACAGCAGCAACAGCAACUGCAGUGGAAUCAGCAAGGCAUCAACAGCCAAACACUGUGAUCAUGCUUCGGGCAUGGGUGAGGAUAAGGAGGACGACGAUGAGGACGGCGACGGGGAUGACGAGGAGGAGGAUCAGGGCGAUGGCGACAGCGGCUAUGAGUUUGCCCUGGACCCCAUCAAGCCCCCGAAUCCACAGCAACAGUAUCACACACACAACCAGGGCCUGCUGUCCAUAGCCAUCAAGACGAUAAAGCUGGUGCAGCGCAACAAGUUGCUGCAGAAGCGCUUGGCUCAGCUGCAGCUGGAGACCUCCGAGUUCAUUGCCUCGGUGCUGGCCAAUCCCGAGAAUCGGCACUUUCGUGAGAAAAUCACGGCCAAAACAGACGCGGCCAACAAAGUGAGCAACGUUUUGCUGCGUCACUAAGCGACAAAUAAUACAAAUGAAAAAAAUGCUGCAUACUUUUGGGCGGCAGCAAAAAUGCCGCAUUCCGAUAUGUCACAGCAAUCAAACGAGGAAGCAUAUGAAAAAAGAAAUACAUUGGAUUGAUAAUUUAAAAUAUAUAAAUAGAUUUCCAUUUGAUGUUUUUUUUUUUUUUGUAUUCAUUGUUUAUCGAAUUCGAAAUUGAUUGCUGCGACACAAGGAACUGAGCUGAGUUUCGAGCAAUUUGUACUGAUUACAUUUAUAAAUUAACAAAAUGUAAGUUAAAUAUUUGAAUAAACACAAAUAAAUGAGAAGAAGAAGAAACAAUACAUAAACAUAUACAUGAGAAAUAUUUAUAAAAGAAAUGAAAAGUCAAGAAUGAAACUAAUUUUAUGUAGUCCCUAAGUACGUUUAUGUUCAAUAUUUUUGUACAUCCUAAAAAUUUAUUUAUAUGAAAAUCAUACUUGACGAUAAUCUACUAGAACUUACUACUUAGGUUUCUAAAGAACAAACCCAACCGGCAUAAUCAUUUUGAAGCUUAAAUGCUUUUGGCUAUAAAUGGCAAAUACUUGCAUUAACAUAUACAAUUUCAAUGCAAAGCAAUUGGUUUUUUGAAACUUAGCUUAGCAAAUCACUAUACGUAACUAAAUGAUCGUCAGAAGAAAAAAACUAUAUAUAUGAAUAAAUAUCAUUGAUUCAAAUCGUUGAGAACUACAUUCAUACCCCAUAUGUAUUUUGAUUGAAAUUGAAAACAUUUAUCAACUGCAUUUUCUACUUACCUAAAUGUUAUGAUUAUUAUAUUAGACUAGCAUGUAGAGAA